AUGGACAAUAUUACUUCUUUGGUUCAAUAUGGAGGCAAUUGGAAUGAAAACCACGAGUACCAAGGGUACACAAUGACUGGGAUAUUAAUACCACCAAAUUGUUCUCUUGACAACUUGGUGAAUUUGAUAAAAAAGGAGAUAAAGGAAAAAACAGCCACUAUUGAAGUUUCUUAUCAAGUAGAAAAAGGAACACCACCAAUGAAGGUUGUAACAGACAAUUCAGUGUUGUUCUUUCUGGAAAUAAAGAAAAAAGUUGCUGCUAAAAUAACAGACUUACCAUUGUGUGUCACUAUAGUUCAAGAAUCAAGCAAUGAAAAUGACCUCCUUCUAUUAGCAAAUCAGAAAGCUACAGCAGCAGAAAUGGAGGUGGGGACAUUAUUAAUGCAAGCAAACCAAGCUUCCAUCAAUGAACAAAUGUUACUUGAAGAAGGAAUGUCAAGCACAACAAAUGAGGGCAUAAAUGUGUCAUACAUGCCUCAUUUUGCUGAAGAAGUAGCUGAUUUCAUAAUUGAGGACAAUACAAAAAGAAAAAAGAAGUUGGAUGAAAUCCAACUAGUAAUAUCUGAUUACAGAGUGAACACAAUAGAGCAAGGGCAAAUUUACAAGGAUAAGAACACAGUCAAAUCAGCUCUUGGCUACUAUGCAAUGCUGCAUAACUUCCAGUUCAAAACAAAAAGAUCAGAACCUAGAGAGUACCUAGUUACUUGCGCAGAUGAAACAUGCAAAUGGUUGGUGAGAGCAUCUAAGUACAGAAAUCAAGAUUUAUUCAAGGUACGGAAAUGCAAUCCAAAUCACACUUGCUCUGUUGAAAUUGUUUUGGAAGACCAUAGGCAAGCAAAAAGCAUCGUAGUUGGGGAAUUAAUAAAGAAUAAGUACAAGUCAAUCAAAAGAAAUUACACUCCAAAUGACAUCAUGAAUGAUAUGAAUGAUGACUUCGGAGUAACUAUGGGAUACACAAAAGCAUGGAGAUCAAGAGAGAAAGCUUUGCGUCUAGUAAGAGGGAACCCCGAUGAUUCAUAUCAAAAGUUGCUAAUAUAUCUUUACAUGUUGAAGCAAGCAAAUCCAGGAACAAUAACACACCUACUCACAGACAAGGAAGAUAGAUUCAAAUACCUAUACAUAGCUUUCUCUAACUCAAUCAAGGCAGACUCUGAAAAUGAUAACUCAUGGCUUUGGUUCUUCUCCAAACUGCGAGACACCUAUGGAGAACCCGAAGGAUUGGCUAUAGUUUCUGACAGACAUAAGAGCAUAGACAAUGCAGUACAUAUGGUGUACCCAAAUGCUUUCCAUGGAGCUUGCAUGUUUCACUUACUCAAUAAUUUGAAAGGCAAGUAUGGGAGCCAUGGAGAAGAGCUACAAAUGAAAUUCAUUGCAGCAGCAAAAGCAUACAUAAAGACAGAAUGUGAACACUACAUGAGAGGCCUUAAUAGAAUUGAUAGACGCAUUAGGCCCUAUUUAGAAAAAGCCAAGUAUGAAACUUGGGCAAGAUCAUACUCGCCAACAAAAAGAUACACCAUGAUGACAUCCAACAUCGCAGAAUCACUCAACGCUGCACUAAAAGCUGCAAGAAAUCUCCCCAUUGAUAUCUUGGUUGAAUGCCUUAGAAGUUUGGUUCAAAAGUGGGUUUGGAACAACUCAAAUAAUGCAAAUGGAACAUUCACAAAAGUCUCUACAGCAACAGAGAAUGAAUUGAGACAUGACAUUGUUUCAAAAAUGAUGUAUGAGGUCUUGCCUUUCAACACAAUAGAAUACCAAGUUCGUGAUCAAAAGGGGAUAAAUUUCACAGUAAAUAUACAUAAUAGAACAUGUACUUGCAAUAGGUUCCAAGAAGAUGAAAUACCUUGUGGCCAUGCAGUAGCUGUCAUUGCAAAGAGAAACUUGAGUGUGUAUGAUUAUUGUGCAAAAUUCUACAGAAUAGAAACGUUGAAAGCAUUGUAUCAAGAAAAUGUUCAUCCUUUGCCCCAUAAAGAUGAAUGGAAUCUCCCACAACACUUGGACAUAAUAGUGCUGCCUCCAAAUGCAACAAUUCCUGCAGGAAGACCAAGAAAGAAACGAAUAAGAUCAAGAGGGGAACAUAAAGAAAUAAUCACCUGUGGGAAAUGUGCACAACCAGGACAUAACAGGAAGACUUGCAGGAAUCCUCCAUUUGAGAAGCCAAACAAAUAG